UUGCACCCGGAAAUAUGACCUUCCACAAUAUGGUGGUGCAUGACGUCAGGCUUGACAAGCGGAUAGUCUCUUUUGAUCACAUACCUGUGUAGGUAAAGCCACGCCCCCCAUGACAUUACACUCUCGAGCCACUCUCAAGUGUAUAUUAUAACGGACUACGCGCGCAGUCUCAGUCAAACAACCCGACAACAAAUAACUCGCAUUCAUCAAGUUUUACUUCGAAGAGAUUGUUUCAUCGCUUCCUUCUUAAUUUUCUGCAUCGUGGUUUACUGAUCUGGCCGUAUAGUUUUUUAAAAAUAAAUGUGAAUUUCGCCUGCUGUAAGAUGUUGCUGUGUAUCGUGCUGUCCGCAUGUGUUGGGAUCGCGCAGUCGUAUCGUAAUGGACAAGUCAGCACUGUCUGUGGAUCUAUGACACCGAGUCACUCAUCAAACGGCGCUCAAACCAGCGCUCCUCCGUACACAGUCACCGCGGACCGGAGCAGCUUCAAAGAGGGCGAUGAAAUCACAGUAACACUGCGCGCAUCGUCUGGAGAUUUCGAAGGGUUUAUGUUACAAGCACGUAAAGCCGGAACGACCAGUGCCAUCGGCUCUUUUACUGUCACAGUCAGUGAUGCCCAAGGCCUCAUCUGCAACGGAGCGGCCAAUAGUGCUGUUUCUCACACAUCAGACAGUGAGAAAACUGUCAUUCAAAAGAAAUGGAAGGCCCCCGCAUCUGGACAAAUCAGCAAUAUAGAGUUCAGUGUAACGUUUGUUAAAGAUUUCUCAACGUUUUGGGUGGGUGUGAAGAGCUCUGUGAUAACAUAUACCGGCACGUCGACACCUGUUACUGCGGCCCCGACAGUACCGUCAUGGAAUACCGAGUGUGGGAAAAGCAAAGUCUGUUUCAGUCAACCGAGCAACUGUGACCCGACCACCGCCACGAACUGUUACUUUAUGUCGGUUCAGACGUCGUCCAGCCAAUCAGAAAUGAAGAUUGAAAUAGUCGGCCCGAGUAACGGAUACGUCGCCAUUGGAUUCUCUGAUGACCAAGCCAUGGGCAAUGAUGCCAUCUACAUAUGUGGUAAAGACAACAGCGGCCUUCUCCAAGUGCAACAUGCCUUUUCAACUGGAAAAAAGACUCCAAAUAUUCUCACGCUGGGGAAUGUGUCUGAUAUCAAGACAGCGAUGACUAAUGGAGUUCUCAAUUGCUCAUUUACGUCUCGUAAUCCCAUCAGUACAGGAAGUAGAGCGGCGUCUGUUAGCGAAUACUUCCUCAUGAUCGCUGCCGGACCCUCCAGUCAAGGUAACAUCCAAUUCCACACAAAUACAUAUGUUACCCAAAGCAAAGUGAAUUUACUGAAACCAGCGGCAGUGAGCGCCGGUGAAAAAUAUCCAGCGAUUGUUAAAGCUCAUGGUGCCCUGAUGCUGAUCGCCUGGAUGACCACUGGUAGUGUGGGUAUGCUCAUAGCACGCUAUUUAAAGGCCGUCGGCAAGGGGAAAGGCUGUUGUGGGAAAGAUGUCUGGUUUUUGGCUCACGUCACAUUGAUGUCCCUGUCGAUUAUUGCCACAGCCAUUGCAUUUAUUCUGGUGUUUUCUUAUGCCAGGGAUUGGACUGGGGGAGCUCAUCCAGUCCUGGGCUGUUUGGUGAUGAUUCUCACUUUAAUUCAGCCCGUGGUCGCUGCUUUACGCUGUGAUCCGCAACAUGAAAAGAGAUUUGUCUUCAACUGGGCUCAUUCAUUCAUCGCUCUGGCUAUCAAAGGUCUUGCAGUGGCCGCAAUCUUCACUGGUCUGGCACUGAUCGGAAAAUCUGAGGAUGAGGAAUGGAUGCUGAAGGUUAUGGGAGGUUUUGUUGCCUGGGAGGCUCUCAUUUAUGUUCUUCAAGAUUUGCACAAGCGCACCAAGAAAAAAGAUGCAGAGAUUUGCUCUCUUGGUCUGAUGAGCACUGAAUUGGUUUUGCUUCUCCUGUUUUUAUUGGGAAACCUGGCCUUCUUGAUAGCACUUCUUGUUGGAAUAGGCAAAGCUUAAAACAGUUCAACAUGCCACAAAUGACCUCACUGGAUUUGAGACUUUUAUUUGUCUCCGUUUCAUUGUGUUACUAAGAAUAUAUAUCUGAAUUGUGAAAGCACUCAUAUGACUUCAUUUGUAUAGGCCCUUGUAUUACAUUUUCUUUCAUCGUUGUGCUUUCAAGGAAAUAAAUCAAGGUCAUGUUGCUUUUAAGUGACAAUCCCUGUAAUAACUGCACCGCAAAGAAGCAUAUUGAAGUGAGGAACAAUAGUCAGCCAAAAUAAAUUCCCCUUAAUCGUAAUUUCAUUCAGUUUAAAAUAAAAAAGUAUAACUAAAUUAGCAAGCAGUUAAGUAAUAACUAUUAAUAUUAAUUAUGUAAGAAUUAUAAUAAAAUAUAUAUAUUUUUAAAUCCUUAUUUACACACGUUUUAUGAGGACUUUCCAUAGAUGCAAUAAUUUUUAUACUGUACAAACUGUAUAUUCGAUUCCCUAACACUACCUUGAAACCUAACCAUCACAGAAAACUUUAGCAUUUUUACAUUUAUAAAUAAACAUCAUUUAGUAUGAUUUAUACAGUGUUUUCCUCAAGGGGUGUCUUUACAAGGUCAAGCAAUUACUGGGAUUACUAACUUUGUGGGCACCCACGCUGUAAGGUUUACCAGGACCACUCACACACAUAUUUCAUGUGUAGAUAGUUGUGUAAAUGUUGCCAAUAUUCGUUGUCAAAUGGAAAUAUUUUGUCAAGUUUGUAUCAUGUAUCACUAGAGGGCAGUGUUACUGUUUUUUAAGGGUUCCAAAGCAAAUAUGGACCAUAACUACAUGUACAAGGAACUCUUAAACUGAAGUUUAUAAUAACAUGUCAUAAACCAAUAAACAGAAUUAUUUUGUUUAAUAACGGAAUUAAUCAAUUACAUUGAUUAAAGAUCCAUCAGUAAGAAAUAUGAUUGCAAACGGAAACAUUUGGU